UCACUACUUCCGUGUCUGAACCGCUUUUGCGGGUAGGAAACCUCAUUUCUCUUCCUAUCACUAUAUCUCUUCUUUCUCUUACCCUUUUCCUCUCAAACCCAAAUCCAAAACCAUGUCUUCUCCCAGCAAGCGACGCGAAAUGGAUUUGAUGAAACUGAUGAUGAGUGAUUACAAGGUGGAAACCAUCAAUGAUAGCAUGCAAGAGUUCUAUGUCGACUUCCAUGGUCCUAAAGACAGUCUUUACCAAGGAGGUGUGUGGAGGAUUAGGGUGGAGUUGCCAGAUGCUUAUCCUUACAAGUCACCUUCAAUUGGCUUCAUCAACAAAAUUUAUCAUCCAAAUGUUGAUGAAAUGUCGGGCUCGGUUUGUUUGGAUGUUAUCAACCAGACAUGGAGCCCUAUGUUUGACCUUGUAAAUGUUUUCGAAGUGUUUCUUCCACAACUUCUCCUGUAUCCCAACCCGUCGGACCCGUUGAAUGGCGAAGCUGCUGCAGUAAUGAUGCGUGAUCGCGCUGCAUAUGAGCAAAGAGUAAAAGAAUACUGUGAGAAAUAUGCAAAGCCAGAGGACAUUGGAGGUGUUGGUGAGGAGAAAUCCAGUGAUGAAGAGGUGAGUGAAGAUGAGUACUCCUCAGAUGAUGAGGAGAUGGCAGGCCAAGCUGAUGCUUGACUGGAAGGAAAACCAUAUCAACCCUCUUCUGUACAUGAUUCAAAAACUGGGUUACCAUCAAAAUUGAAAGCUAUGGAGAAGGUUCCUAGCUCCUCUACUGUCUCUUAUUUUCAUGAUAGUUGUUGUGUACAUUAAUCAAACUAUGAUAUAAUGUUUCAUAUAUUGUCAUUUACCAUUUAAUCUAUAAACCAAUUCUCUUGGGUUUUCUC